AUACAUACAUAUACAUAUAUAAAUUUUUUUUUAAUGUUACUUUAAUUUAUGUUUAUACCUGUAAUAAGUGUUACGCGGUAAUGAGUGUUACCAUAACUAUUGACGGGUCUCAAAUUUUCUUUUUUAUCUGUGAAAAUAACUUCUUUAUAUGGUUAUAUAUGUACAUUCAUGUAUAUAUUUUUUUAAUGCCGCUUUAAUUCAUGUUUAUACCUGUUAUACUUGUUCUAGAUAAUAGUUCAAAAAUAAAAAAAUUCUUCGACAAUUGUUUAAUACGCAUAUAUAGAAUUGUUUCAUAUGAUAGUUAGUCCAUGAACAAACAUACAUCACAAAUUAAAGUACCUUUGCGAGGAUGGAGAUGUAAAAUGGAGGGUGAAAAGCAAAUGAGUAAUAGUAUUUUACAAAGUUAAUAUUAUAUUUUAAAAACAUUUUUUUAUAUGAUGAAUUGUUUACACAAUUGUACCUGCGGAGACAUUGCCGCUGUUAUAAAACAUGGAAUUCUCGUAUGUGUCUUUAUAUAAAAAUUUACUUUGUUUGUACAGUACAGUAUAGAAAUUGUCUACAAAUAUAUAUACAUAUAAUAUUUUAUCUUGUAAAAUACUUUAUCUAAAAAAUUCCACCCUAUUCUCGAGCAAAAAUAACUUAUUAUAGCUGCAAGAAAGAUCAUUAAAAUUAUGCUAUCUUUACGCUUUGCUAAACAUGUUUUUUCGUUUGAAAAUUUUAUCCGACUUUUAUCUUGCUAAUGGAGAUCAUUAUGAAUCACUACUAAUUGUAAGUCUGUUAAAAUAUGUACGUCAGCAAGAUUUUAAUUUUAUCACUUCUGUGUAUAAUUGGAUAUUGGAACACAGUUUGUCUUUAAUAAACAUAUAAUUAUAAUAUAAUAUACAUAUUAAUUACAAUAUAUAUACUAUUGUGUAAACAAAAUUUUUUUUAAAGAUAACUUUAUUUUUAUUUCUUAUUUAUUAUUCAUAAACUUUGUUUUUAAUUCAAAUGUAAAUUUUAUUUUAAAUAAUUUGAAAGUAUGAGAAUUUAGAAGUAGAUUAUUUAAUUACAGAGAACCUAAUUUGAUGAGAUACAAUCAAGUUCAGAUAUAAAAUGUAUGUAUGUAUGUACUAAAGAAACAAAUUAAUUCUAAACUUUUUUAUGUUUUUCUUUUUCUUUCCAAGUCAUUAAGAAUUAUAAAUUAAAAUUAUCUUCUUGAUCUGCUCUCCCUCUACAACUUGUUGAUCAAAAGAUCAUGCACGGGCUAAAAAGAGACACACUAAAAGAGAAUGUAUAAAAGGAUACUUUGAUUUUAUAUGUGGCAUUAAGAGUGCGUUUUGAGGAAACAUUUCAAAAAUAAUUUUGCUAGUAUAAAAACUUUAGCAUAAAAGGUCGAUUGUUUUGCAUUACGUUUGAUUCAUCUUCGUCGUACAUUAGUUAAAAUUAUUUUGUUGUUUGAUGUAGUUUUGUGCUACUUUGCAGAAAAAUCUUUCUAUGAGAAAUGUUUGCAAUAUUCUUUACUUUUAUGUUUGUAACAGCAUAUGCGGCAAAUGAAAUACCUUCCUACAUCCACAUAUGUGGUCGAAAAGAUUCCAACUACAGUCAAUGCUUUGCAGACAACACUAAUAGUGUGAAGAGUUAUAUUUGCACAGGAAUACCGGAAUUAAAUCUUCCUCCGCAAGAACCAAUAAUUAUUGACAAAAUUGAUGUUUUUGACACGGAUAAUCUGAAAUUGUCUGUCAAAAACUCAAAAAUAAAAGGAUUUUGUAAUUUCGAUGUAACUUCUCUAAAUGUAUCUUCUGACAGGCUUCAUUUCGAGAUUGGUGGCAUAAUAAAAAAUCUUUCUAUGGACUCCGUUUAUAACUUUGACAUACGUUUACUGGUGUCACUUGCUAAUGAAGGACUAAUUCACUUUACUUCAGAUAACGUAUACGGAAAGAUAAGUGUAGAUGCGAAAGAAGUAAUGAAGAACGGUAAAAAACAAUUAUAUCUAUCAAAAGUAAAUUCUAUUCUCAACAUAAAAAAAUUUAAUUAUGAGUUUGAUGAAAGCGAGAAAAACUUAAAUCAACUACACGAAGUUUUUACCAAAAUCAUAAACGAUAAUUCACAGGAAAUAAUUAAUAUAAUUACGCCAAAAUUAGAAGAGACGCUCUCUAAACUUUUUAUUUUUGUUUUUAACACUAUUGUCUACAACAGAUUUGAACAAUUGUUUCCCGAUGAAGCAUAAAACGUCUCAGAUAUUCAUAUUUUGUUCUUAUAUUUGGAAUGAUUCAUUUUUAGAUACUGUAUGGAUCAUUUCAUUUACUACGGAGUAUUUAAAAAUAUAUAUAAACC